UUUACUUUUUAAUUUUAAAAAGAUAAUAUAAAUUGGCAAUAUUUUGUUUCUUUUUUUAAAAUAUAUCAAAUAUGAAAUAACACAAUCCUAUUGGUCGGUGAACCGAAACCCUACGGAGUGAACCCAAUAAUAAGUUUUAAACUCCCCGUAUCAGAAAACAAAUCAUGGUCAACUACGAGAAAAACGCGAAGAACGUGUUAUAAUAUUGGACCAGCUAUGUUUUCGAUGAUAAUAUAUAAUCUCUACAGCAAAACAGAAGCAGCCUGUCCUAAUUGAAUAUCUCACAUAUACUCGCUUAUAAAUGGCCGUUUCAGAACGGUUGCACUAACCAGCGGGGUUGGCCUGGUGGUGUUGAGAGAGCUUCGGCCUCAAUACGCACCCGGGUUCGAACCGCUGGCCAGGCAAUUGGGGUAUCUAAUUCCCCAUAGUACCAAAUGGUCCGCCUCGCCCCGAGGGGUUGGCCCCUGGGGUGGAAGUCCCUCCAGGUUAAUCAAAAAAAAAAAAAAAAAAAAAACGGUUGCACUAUAUAUCCUUGUUCAUCGAUCAGUAGCUUCAACGCCCAUUUCACUUUCUUUGCCUCCAUCUCUAUCCCAGAGAUCAGAUCAUUUCACACGUAGAAGAAGAUUGUAUAUUAAUAAGUGAAGAAGAAUGGCAGAUAAUCAGUUACAAGUUCUGAAUGCACUUGACGUAGCCAAGACGCAAUGGUACCAUUUUACUGCGAUUGUAAUUGCUGGAAUGGGAUUCUUCACCGAUGCAUACGAUCUCUUCUGCAUUUCUCUUGUCACAAAGCUACUCGGCCGCAUUUACUACCACGUCCCAGGCUCCCAUAAGCCAGGGACUCUCCCUCCCAAUGUUGCUGCUGCCACCAACGGUGUUGCCUUCUGUGGGACCCUUGCCGGUCAGCUAUUUUUCGGGUGGCUUGGUGACAAGCUGGGGAGAAAGAAAGUGUAUGGCAUGACGUUGAUGAUCAUGGUUCUUUGCUCCAUAGCCUCUGGUCUCUCUUUUGGAGACAAGCCAAAAACCGUGAUGGCCACGCUAUGUUUCUUUAGGUUUUGGCUAGGGUUUGGGAUUGGUGGUGACUAUCCUUUAUCCGCAACGAUCAUGUCUGAAUACGCUAACAAGAAGACACGUGGAGCGUUUAUCUCAGCUGUUUUCGCAAUGCAAGGGUUUGGGAUCAUGGCUGGUGGCAUCUUUGCUAUUAUCAUUUCCUCUGUGUUUGAUGCUAAGUUCCCAGCGCCGGCCUAUGCGGAUGAUGCCUUGGGAUCCACGGUACCUCAAGCAGAUUUUGUGUGGCGUAUAAUCCUGAUGUUUGGUGCUAUACCUGCGUCGAUGACGUAUUACUCAAGGUCCAAGAUGCCGGAAACCGCCAGAUACACAGCUUUGGUUGCUAAAAAUGCACAGCAAGCUGCGUCAGACAUGUCUAGGGUUCUGCAAGUGGAGAUAGAGCCAGAACAGAUUUUGGAAGAGAUUUCAACGGAUAAGUCCAAAUCCUUUUCCUUAUUUUCCAAACAAUUCAUGAAACGCCAUGGACUUCACUUGCUAGGUACUACAUCAACAUGGUUCCUUCUCGACAUCGCUUUCUACAGCCAAAACCUUUUCCAGAAGGAUAUUUUCAGCGCAAUCGGGUGGAUCCCUCCGGCUCAGACCAUGAACGCGGUUCAAGAAGUUUUCAAGAUUGCACGCGCUCAAACCCUCAUCGCCUUGUGUAGCACGGUUCCUGGUUACUGGUUCACAGUUGUGUUCAUUGACGUCAUUGGAAGAUUCGCCAUUCAGCUGAUGGGAUUCUUUUUCAUGACGGUCUUUAUGUUUGCGUUGGCUAUUCCGUACACUCACUGGACUCACAAGGACAACCGCAUUGGAUUCGUUAUCAUGUACUCCUUAACAUUCUUUUUUGCUAACUUUGGACCCAAUGCUACAACAUUCGUCGUGCCGGCAGAAAUCUUCCCAGCUAGGUUCAGAUCAACAUGUCAUGGUAUCUCUGCCGCAUCAGGUAAACUAGGUGCGAUGGUUGGUGCGUUUGGAUUCUUGUACUUGGCUCAAAGCCCUGACAAGAACAAGACAGACGCAGGAUACCAUCCAGGGAUUGGGGUCAGGAACUCGCUUCUCGUGUUGGGUGUGAUUAACUUCUUGGGUAUUCUCUUCACUUUCUUGGUGCCUGAAUCCAAAGGCAAAUCGCUUGAAGAAAUGUCUGGUGAAAAUGAAAGCAAUGAGCAGAACAACAACGAUAGUAGAACUGUCGAAAUGGUGUAGUAGCUUUUAGCAAAAAAAAAAAAAAAGAAAUGGUGUAGUUGAUACAAUAUGUCCUUUGUUUUUUUGUUCUUGUUUUUUUGGCAACUUAAGUUGUUCUUCGUGUGAUAUGUUGAUGUUCAAAUGCUAUUGAAAUCAAAAUGUUCAUGUAUCGAUUUCAGGUUAAAUCUCUGAGUAAAAGAUAUUUUUUGGU